GCUAGCUAUACAUGGAAAUGGCGCCCGCGUUGAACUCAGCAUGAAGACAAUUAUCUAGCUAGCUAGACUAGGUCAGAAGACACGGUCCUUCACACUAAAAUAUUUGUGGGAUUUAGACAUUUGUCUUCAAAAACAAAAGGGAUUGGAAGAAAAUCGGAUUAUUAUGACAGGGCCGAAGAAGAGUCGCAACGGAGAAGACAUCACCGCAUUUUAGUACGUCGACGGUCAACAUCAGACAGGUAACGUCUAGCUAGCUAUGGUUGUUGUACAAACAGUUACCGGUAGGUAGCUAACUAGAACAGGUUUGGUAUUCUAACUACGCUGCCAGUUGGUAGAAUGGGCGGAUUAGCUCACAAACACAAUUGAGAAGUACAUUUAGCUAAAUCGGCUUGUACCUAACUUUAGCUACUGUAGCUAACAAUUUUAGUUAGCCGCCUAACUAACGUUGGCUACCUAAUGUUAGCAUAAUGCUACCUCAUGCGAGGUUUUGAUUCACCCGCCUCAUAAUCAUAACGUCAACGUAAUACAUAUAGCAAGUGUCAUCAGUGACUUAGCUAGUGUAGUGUUCAAGUAAUUUCGCUAGAUUUCCCCCACAUUUUCCACCAAACAGACAAUUGACCUGAACAACACUUUUACUUUAGAUGCGCUUCAGCUUGCUGCAACUAAGGUGAUGUCUGUGCUUUGGUAGUCUCGCGUUGCCAUACCACUAAAAUCAUGUCGGUUUUAGGGAACGCCUCGAUCACACCGACCGUGUCGUUCAAUUUUGGUUACACCAGAAGUACAUUCAUUUCUAAUGGAAUGCUGCUUUUGACUUGCAGCAUUGCGUUUCAUGCCUCGAUCACACAGAUAUAGUUUUUGCAUGUGACGCAGCAUCAUCUGGAUAUCUGUUAUCUGGAUUGACUAUUUCUUAGCAACCAUGCUUUGAGAGAAUACUUUAAACAUUGCAUUUGUCUGAAGUUUUGUCAAGGAAAUGUCACUUGGUAUGUCCUUACUUUUCAAGAGGCUAAGAGGUGUGAGUGAGAAACUCUUGACCUUAACUCUGUAACCAGGGCUAUGUGACGGGGCGGCAGGUAGCUUAGUGGUUAAGAGAGUUGUGCCAGUAACCAAAAGGUCGCUGGUUCUAAUCCCAGAGCCGACUAGGUGAAAAAUCUGUCGAUGUGUCCUUGAGCAAGGCACUUAACCCUAAUUGCUCCUGUAAGUCUGCUAAAUGACCUAUUUAUUAUUUAUUUAUGUGUGACUCACUGUUCUUACACAAUCCCAAAUGCUGUCAUUUGAAUCUAAUGUAAUCCCAAAGUGUAGUGGAAGAUGAAUUUCAUGCUAUGUUAAUUCCAAAAUGCUGUAAUUUGAAUGGAAUUCAGCCUAAACCACAUGAGUGGCCACGUGUAGCUCAGUUGGUAGAGCAUGGCACUUGCAAUGCCAGGGUUGUGGGUUCAUUUCCCACGGGGGGCCAGUAUGAAAUGUAUGCACUCACUAACUGUAAGUCGCUCUGGAUAAGAGCGUCUGCUAAAUGCCUAAAAUGUAAUGUAAAAUGAUAUGUGUGCAACAAAAGUUAAACAUUCACCUUCUGCUACCAUUUCUGUCUAGCCGUCUACACAUACGGUUUGAUAAAUCCAACACAGAAUGCACUGCAACUGCCUCUGCAACACAAUACUGCAAGGCAAACACAGCGUUCCAUUAGAAAAUAAUGUACUUCUGGUGUACCAAAAUGCAAUGGCACUGUUGGUGUGAUCGAGGUGUCAGAGGCAGUUGUAGUGCAUUCUGUGUGGUGCAUAUAUUGGAUUUUUCGAAAAUACAGUUGAAGUCGGAAGUUUACAUACACCUUAGCCAAAUACAUUCAAACUCAGUUUUCACAAUUCCUGACAUUUAAUCCUAGUAAAUAUUCCCUGUCUUAGGUCAGUUAGGAUCACCACUUUAUUUUAAGAAUGUGAAAUAAAUGUGAAUAAUAGUAGAGUGAUUUAUUUCAGCUUAAAUUUAUUUCAUCACAUUCCCAGUGGGACAGAAGUUUACAUACACUCAAUUAGUAUUUGGUAGCAUUACAUUUAGCAGACGCUCUUAUCCAGAGCGACUUACAGUUAGUGAGUGCAUACAUUUUUCAUACAGUAUUGCCUUUAAAUUGUUUAAUUUGGGUCAAAUGUUUCGGGUAGCCUUCCACAAGCUUCCCACAAUAAGUUGGGGGAAUUUUGGCCCAUUCCUCCUGACAGAGCUGGUGUAAGUGAGUCAGGUUUGUAGGCCUCUUUGCUCGCACACGCUUUUUCAGUUUUGCCCACACAUUUUCUAUAGGAUUGAGGUCAGGGCUUUGUGAUGGCCACUCCAAUACCUUGACUUUGUUGUCCUUAAGCCAUUUUGGAAGUAUGCUUGGGGUCAUUGUCCAUUUGGAAGACCCAUUUGCGACCAAGCUUUAACUCCCUGACUGAUGUCUUGAGAUGUUGCUUCAAUAUAUCCACAUCAUUUUCCUUCCUCAUGAUGCCAUCUAUUUUGUGAAGUGCACCAGUCCUUCCUGCAGCAAAGCACCCCCACAGUAUGAUGCUGCAACCCCCGUGCUUCACGGUUGGGAUGGUGUUCUUCGGCUUGCAAGCAACCCCCUUUUUCCUCCAAACAUAACAAUGGUCAUUAUGGCCAAACAGUUCUUUUUUUGUUUCAUCAGACCAGAGGACAUUUCUCCAAAAAGUAUGAUCUUUGUCCCCAUGUGCAGUUGCAAACCGUAGUCUGCCUUUUUAAUGGCGGUUUUGGAGCAGUGGCUUCUUCCUUGCUGAGCGGCCUUUCAGGUUAUGUCGAUAUAGGACUCGUUUUACUGUGGAUAUAGAUACUUUGUACCUGUUUCCUCCAGCAUCUUCACAAGGUCCUUUGCUGUUGUUCUGAGAUUGAUUUGCACUUUUCGCACCAAAGUACGUUCAUCUCUAGGAGACAGAACUCGUCUCCUUCCUGAGCGGUAUGACGGCUGCGUGGUCCCAUGGUGUUUAUACGUGCGUACUAUUGUUUGUACAGAUGAACUUGGUACCUUCAGGCGUUUGGAAAUUGCUCCCAAGGAUGAACCAGACUUGUGGAGGUCUACAAUUUUUUUCUGAGGUCUUGGCUGAUUUCUUUAGAUUUUCCCAUGAUGUCAAGCAAAGAGGCACUGAGUUUGAAGGUACGCCUUGAAAUACAGCCACAGGUACACCUCAUAUUUUUGAACGGUAGUAUAUCCUAUCUAUAUGUCUGUCUGUCUCACGGUCGCAACAGGUUAUAGAGCAAACAACGCAAUUAUCACAACACACAGGUUGUAAUUUCGCUUUUUCUUCCCUGUCUUGGCUUCCCCAGUGAUUUUACCCACGCAGCGCUACUGCCCAUAGGCUACCUGGCCUGCGUGCAAAUAUAGGCAUAUAAAUGUUCCCAUUUGGGUAUCUGAUAGUAUUUCUGAUUGGCUUAACGCACCACCACUAAUGAGCUGUGGAGCUUCUCAAAGUAAUGUUUUCUUCACCUGAAACAGCAAACAAACAAAGUCUGUUUUUACAUCCAUUGACAAUGACAAUUGUUCCUCAGUGUAUUUGAAAAUCCUUUUCGAGCUCUCUCCAUUUCGAUAACCACUCAGCAAGAAAGGGAACAAUGUCAUACUCUGAUCCAGAGGAAACAUCAUAAAAUAGGCCUACCUGAUUACUUAUUAUCCCUUGUGCAAAUAGCCUACAGCUGUGUCUGUCCCGAGCUCACUGGUGCAGGAAACUGAGGGCCCAGAAUAUUUUAUAAAAUGUUACAAGCGGCCUCCCGAGUGGCGCAGCGGCUGGCUUCCGGGUUAAGAACGCACUGCAACUGCAUCUGCAACGCAAUGCUGCAAGGCAAACGCAGCAUUCCAUUGGAAAUUAAUGUACUUCUGGUGUACCAAAACGCAAUGUCGCUGUCGUUGUGAUCGAGGCGUAAGCUAACUAACGUUCGCCAGAAACUGCACGCUGUAGCACCACCAAAGCACUAGCCUCGUCGCGAACAAGACUGCCGCCUCGAUCCCACCUAAAGCAUUAUUGUGCAUAAUGGUACGCAGCAUCAUCUGGAUAUGUGUGCAACACAAGUUCAACAUUCACCUUCUGCUACCAUUUCUGUCAAGCCGUCUAUGCAUAGUUUGACACUUACAGGUCAAGUCUGAAGUUUACAUACACUUAGGUUGGAGUCAUUAAAACUCGUCUUUCAACCACUCCACAAAUUUCUUGUUAACAAACUAUAGUUUUGGCAAGUCGGUUAGGACAUCUACUUUGUGCAUGACACAAGUAAUUUUUUCCAACAAUUGUUUACAGACAGAUUUAUUUUACUUAUAAUUCACUAUCACAAUUCCAGUGGGUCAGAAGUUUACAUACACUAAGUUGACUGUGCCUUUAAACAGCUUGGAAAAUUCUAGAAAAUGAUGUCAUGGCUUUAGAAGCUUAUAGGCUGCAACUCUGCCUAGGUCAGCAUCCCGGAGUCGCCUCUUUACUGUUGAUGUUGAGACUGGUGUUUUGCGGGUACUAUUUAAUGAAGCAGCCAGUUGAGGACCUGUGAGGCAUCUGUUUCUCAAACUAGAUACUUUAAUGUAUUUGUCCUCUUGCUCAGUUGUGCACCGGGGCCUCCCACUCCUCUUUCUAUUCUGGUUAGAGCCAGUUUGUGCUGUUCUGUGAAGGGAGUAGUACACAGCGUUGUACGAGAUCUUCAGUUUCUUGGCAAUUUCUCGCAUGGAAUAGCCUUAAUUUCUCAGAACAAGAAUAGACUGAUGAGUUUCAGAAGAAAGUUAUUUGUUUCUUGCCAUUUUGAUCCUGUAAUCGAACCCACAAUUGCUGAUGCUCCAGACACUCAACUAGUCUCAAGAAGGCCAGUUUUAUUGCUUCUUUAAUCAGCACAACAGUUUUCAGCUGUGCUAACAUAAUUGCAAAAGGGUUUUCUAAUGAUCAAUUAGCCUUCUAAAAUGAUAAACUUGGAUUAGCAAACACAACGUGCCAUUGGAACACAGGACUGAUGGUUGCUGAUAAUGGGCCUCUGUACGCCGAUGUAGAUAUUCCAUAAAAAAUCAGCCGUUUCCAGCUACAAUAGCCAUUUACAACAUAAACAAUGUCUACACUGUAUUUCUGAGCAAUUUGUUGUUCUUUUUUAAGAAAAAUUGCUUUUCUUUCGAAAACAAGGACAGUUCUAAGUGACCCCAAACUUUUGAACGGUAAUGUGUGUGUGUGUGAUCUAUAUAUUAAUUACACAGUACCAAUCAAAAGUUUGGACACCUACUCAUUCAAGGGUUUUUCUUUUCUUAUUACAAUUUUUUACAUUGUAGAAUAAUAGUGAAGACAUCAAAACUAUUAAAUAACACAUGGAAUCAUGUAGUAACCAAAAAAAAGUGUUAAACAAAUCUAAAUAUAUUUUAUAUUUGACAUUCUUCAAAUAGCCACCCUUUGCCUUGAUGACAGCUUUGCACACUCUUGGCAUUCUCUCAACCAGCUUCACCUGGAAUGCUUUUUAAACCGUCUUGAAGGAGUUCCCACAUAUGCUGAGCACAUGUUGGCUGCUUUUCCUUCACUCUGUGGUUCGACUCAUCCUAAACCAUCUCAAUUGGUCAUCUGAUGCAGCACUCCAUCACUCUCCUUCUUGGUAAAAUAGCCCUUACACUGACUGGAGGUGUGUUAGGUCAUUAUCCUGUUGAAAAACAAAUUAUAGUCCCACUAAGCCCAAACCAGAUGGAAUGGCGUAUCGCUGCAGAAUGCUGUGGUAGCCAGGCUGGUUAAGUGUGCCUUGAAUUCUAAAUAAAUCAUUGACAGUGUCUCCAGCAAAGCACCCCCACACCAUAACACCACCCCCUCCAUGCUUUACGGUGGGAAAAACACAUGCUGAGAUCAUCCGUUCACCCACACCAAGUCUCACAAAGACACGGCGGUUGGAACCAAAAAUCUCAAAUUUGGACUCCAGACCAAAGGACACAUUUCCAUUGGGCUAAUGUGCAUUGCUUGUGUUUCUUGGACCAAGCAAGUCUCUUCUUAUUAUUUGUGUUCUUUAGUAGUGGUUUCUUUGCAGCAAUUCGACCAUGAAGGCCUGAUUCACACAGUCUACUCUAAACAGUUGAUGUUGAGAUGUGUCUGUUACUUGAACUCGGUGAAACCUUUAUUUGGGCUGCAAUUUCUGAGACUGGUAACUCUAUUGAACUUGUCCUCUGCGGCAGAGGUAACUCUGGGUCUUCCAUUCCUGUGGCGGUCCUCAUGAGCCAGUUUCAUCAUAGUGCUUGAUGGUUUUUGCGACUGCACUUGAAGAAACUUUCAAAGUUCUUGAAAUGUUCCCGAUUGACUGACCUUCAUGUCUUAAAGUAAUGAUGGACUGUCGUUUCUCUUUGCUUAUUUGAGCGGUGCUUGCCAUAAUUUGGACUUGGUUUUUUACCAAAUAGUGCUAUCUUCUGUAUGCCCCCCGUUACCUUGUCACAACACAAAUCAAAUCAGAUUUUAUUUGUCACAUACACGUGUUUAGCAGAUGUUAUAGCGGGUGUAGCAAAAUGCUUUUGCUUCUAGCUCCGACCGUGCAGUAAUAUCUAACAAUUUCACAACAUAUACCUAAUACACACAAAACUAGUAAGGAAUGGAAUUUAAGAAAAUAUACAUAUAUGGACAAGCAAUGACAGAGCGGCAUGGACUAAGAUACAGUAGAAUAUUAUAGAAUAGAAUGCAGUAUAUACAUAUGAGAUGAGUAGUGCAAGAUAUGUAAACAUUAUUAAAGUGACUAGUGUUCUAUUUCUUAAAGUGGCCAGUGAUUUCAGUAGGCAGCAGCAGCCUCUAAUGUGCUAGUGAUGGAUAUUUAACAGUCUGAUGGCCUUGAGAUAGAAGCUGUUUUUCAUUCUCACGGUCCCAGCUUUGAUGCACCUGUACUGACUUCGCCUUCUGGAUGAUAGCGGGGUGAACAUGCAGUGGCUCGGGUGGUUGAUGGCCUUGAUUAUCUUUUUGGACUUCCUGUGACACCGGGUGCUGUAUGUGUCUUGGAGGGCGAGUAGUUUGCCCCCGAUAAUGCGUUUGGUAGACCGCACCACCCUCUGGAGAGCCCUGCGGUUGCGGGCGGUGCAGUUGCCGUACCAGGUGGUGAUACAGCCUUGACAGCAUGCUCUCAAUUGUGCAUCUGUAAAAGUUUGUGAGGGUUUUAGGUGCCAAGCCGAAUUUCUUCAGCCUCCUGAGGUUGAAGAGGCUCUGAGCCUUCUUCACCACACUGUCUGCGUGGGUGGACCAUUUCAGUUUGUCGGUGAUGUGUACGCCAAGGAACUUGAAGCUUUCCACCUUCUCCACUGCGGUCCCGUCGAUGUGGAUAGGGGGGUGCACCCUCUGCUGUUUCCUGAAGUCCACAAUCAUCUCCUUUGUUUUGUUGACGUUGAGUGAGAGGUUAUUUUCCUGGCACCACACUCCCAGAGCCCUCACCUCCUCCCUGUAGGCGGUCUCGUCAUUGUUGGUAAUCAAGCCUACUACUGUUGUGUCGUCUGCAAACCUGAUGAUUGAGUUGGAGGCUUGCUUGGCCACGCAGUCAUGGGUGAACAGGGAGUACAGGAGGGGGCUGAGCACGCACCCUUGUGGGGCCCCAGUGUUGAGGAUCAGCGAAGUGGAGUUGUUGUUUCCUACCUUCACCACCUGGGGGUGGCCCGUCAGGAAUAAUAAUAAUAUGCCAUUUAGCAGACGCUUUUAUCCAAAGCGACUUACAGUCAUGCGUGCAUACAUUUUUACGUAUGGGUGGUCCCGGGGAUCGAACCCACUACCCUGGCGUUACAAGCGCCAUGCUCUACCAAUUGAGCUACAGAAGUCCAAGACCCAGUUGCACAGGGCGGGGUUCAGACCCAGGGCCUCGAGCUUGAUGAUGAGCUUGGAGGGUACUAUGGUGUUGAAUGCUGAGCUAUAGUCAAUGAAAAGCAUGCUUACAACUGAUUGGCUCAAACGCAUUAAGGAAAGAAAUUCCACAAAUUAACUUUUAAGAAGGCACACCUGUUAAUUGAAUGCAUUCCAGGUGACUACCUCAUGAAGCUGGUUGAGAGAAUGCCAAGAGUGUGCAAAGCUGUCAUCAAGGCGAAGGGUGGCUAUUUGAAGAAUCUCAAAAAUAAAAUAUAUUUUGAUUUAUUUAACACUUUUUUUUGGUAACUACAUGAUUCCAUAUGUGUUAUUUCAUGGUUUUGAUGUCUUCACUUAUUCUACAAUGUAGAAAAUAGUACAAAUAAAGAAAAACCCUUCAAUGAGUAGGUGUUUCCAAACUUUUACAUUUACAUUUUAGUCAUUUAGCAGACGCUCUUAUCCAGAGCGACUUACAGUUAGUGACUGGUACUGUAUAUAUACUACUCCUCGACAAAAAAAAUAGUAUUGGUCUACCAAACAAUUGACCGGUCGACUAAUUGUGGUCAGCCCUAAAGCUAACACAAUAUGAUGCCCUGUAACCUUACUAAUUCAGCCACUUACUUAGAUAACUAGCAAGUUAAACUUAGGGGCCGCCCAAUGCAGAAUUCUUUGUUUUUCAUGCAGGAAAAAAUAUAAAUAGCAUAAGAAAUGUCUUGCUGCGUUUUGCAAACACAGACUUAAAAUACUGCUUAUGUUUAUUUUUGCUCAGCAUCAAACAAAUGUUGUUCUUUAGUUGCACUUCUUCACUCAGAUUUCCCGUUCGUGAUUUCUCAUCUAUCAAAAGACCGCUCUCUGACUGAUGUGUAGCUACUUUUCUCUGGUACUUUACUUGGUAUAGCCAGCCUACUUUUCUAAGGUAAAAUGCAAGAUUAACUUUAAGCAAAACAUUAGGAAAUGUAGCUGGUUGCAUUCUUUCUAUGAUAAACAUUAGAAAUAUGAUGGCCAUACAUAGGUUUUUACAAAAAAAAGACUCAGCUUUUUCAUUGUAAGCUCAUUUACUUGUGUGGCUGCCAGCCAAAUAGUGCCGAAUGUGUUGCACUAAUGUAUUUUCUGUCAAGGAUAACUAUAGUUGCACGACCCUGAUCACUGUAUUGAAGCAACAAAAAAAAAGACUUUCAAUAUAAAACGCGACCCCUGUCAAUACACAGCUGGACUCACCUGCUCCUGCUUUCUCCCUUUGUGUUAUUUACAAACAAACACGUGACUGGCUCAACAGUUCUGGGGAACUACGGAAGGCUCAUAAUGUUAAAUAAUGUGAUAGGUGAAAUGAAGAACGCGAUCUGCAUUAUCUCCUAAUUGCACAAGUUGACUGCAGGUAUUUACUUAAAAAGCAGCUACAAAUAUGAACAUUUAUUGAAAAACUUCAAAAAUUAUAGUUUCAACAGUAUUGAAGGUAUUGAAAGACCAUCCUGUGGCUAUUUCCAAAUACCCCGGUAUACAGUAUACUGCCCAAGCCUAGUGGUAUUUGCAAUGAUGGUGCAUUGACCUAUGCAUGACACAUGGCAUGUUAUGAAAUUCCGAGGCUAGUUUAAGUAAUUAUUUGGUGAAGGAAGUUGACAUUGUUGUUUUGCUCUAGGCCAAACUCAUACUUCAAUAGAUUAUGGUCAAACUUUGCACUACAGUGGCACAGAAAGUUGUACUUGCUCUGUCUGACAAGUGUUGAAUAGUUACCCUUGAAUGUACAUCUAUACAAGGCUCUCUAAGAGGUCCACAAGAUAAGACUUUCUCUCAUGGGGAAUGAAGUGGGUACUUAUACAUGAUACUGGAUGGCGAUGGCCUACUAGAUUCACAUCUGUCAACAUGUUACUCAGCACCAAGACAAGCACAUGCACACAGACACCCGUGCUAGCUGCAGCUGUUAUUCCAGCAGACCCAGAGCCCAAACGUCUGACAACUGGGGACCAUAGCUCAGCAGAAAGACCUCUCUUGUCCCCCCCCCCAUAGUCCCCUCAAAUAGCCCCAAAGAAAAAACCUGGUGUAAGCUUACAGAGAAACAGUUUUCACUCUUAUUGUCUGAAUUGAGUUUAGUUGCUAAGCCAUGGAGCGCGGUUCUACUGUAGAAAGCAACAAGAGAACCCUGUAGGUUUUGACACCCAUAUGUGCCACAUCCACAAAGUUUGGACUAUACAAAGUGCUCUCUAAGAAUCGUUUAUGGUUUGUUUGUUUAGUUAAUGCUGUGUUAAUGUCCUGUUUUGUGUGCUAUGAACAUGCGUGUCUAAUGGAAGUUACUAACAUUUACUGUCAUGUUUUGUGUGCAGUGAGUGAACAUGCGUGACCUGGCUGCCCAGGUCACCAGCAGCCUGCUGCGUUUCCCGGGGGUGACUGUAGACGCUCUGGGGGAGGAUGAGAUCACCCUGGACUCUGUGCUGCACGGGAAGUUCACCGUCGGUAAGUGAACGUGUGUCUGCACGGCGGCCAUCACUCACUAUCUGACCAUGCUGGAGGGGAUGGCAUUAUGGCACAGCCACGAAUUAGACCUACAGCGUCUGUUCCCGCAGUUCCCAAACAUCACCUCAGACAUAAACAACCAAAAAGAGUUAGGGUUUCUAUAGCCAUCUGUCCAUAUCUUCUAGGAUUAGUUAUUUGCAGGAGGGAUGCUUUGCAUUCCUGCGUUCUUCAGUCUUAAUAUAACAAAAAUGAAACCAAGCAUGCAGUAUUGUGUUAUAAAUGGAGGGGUUCUACAAUGAACUAUUGUGAACCAGUAGGCCUAGCCUGUCUGCUUCCUCCCUACCACACUGACGUGCCUCUCUCCCUGGGCGCAGGUCGCAGCGGGCUGGCCUGGCUGGCAUGUGGGCCUCAGCUGGAGGUGGUCCACGCGGUGACGGGCGAGCGUCUGUCUGCCUACUGCUUUAGCGGUGAGGGGGAGCACCCCCCAGGUGUGCUGACGGCCAGGGAUUUCUCCUGGCUGAAGAGGACGGGGCUGCUGGUGGGUCUGGAGGAGGCCCAGGGUAGCAUGCUGUGUCUCUACGACCUGGGCAUCUCCCGAGUGGUCAAGGCCGUGGUCGUACCGGGCAGGGUGAGUGCUCUCUGUCUCAUCUUCCCGUCUCUCCCUCUUUCAUUUUCUCGCUCACCCUCCACUCCUUUCACUUGCAUCAACCGGUUGAUUUGAUUGUGACGUCGACUGACUAACAGAUAAUGUGUUGAUUGGCAGAUCACAGCCAUCGAGCCCCUGGUGAGUUAUGGCGGGGCCAGUGCCAGCACACAGCACCUCCACCAAAGCCUGCGCUGGUUCUUUGGCGUGGCAGCAGUAGUCACGGACCUGGGACACGUCCUCCUGGUGGACCUAUGUCUGGAUGACCUGUCCUGCAGCCAGAGCGAGCUGGAGGCCUCAGGUCAGCCUUUGUAUAUUUAACUGUGUGUGUGCUUAACUUUACAUAGCCUGAACUGUACUCGCCAGCAGUCCCUCUCAAGAUUGUGAGACGUUGUUCAAUCUGUCUUUGUUUGUUCUUCCUCUCUAACCACCACCCUCCUCCGUCUUCUCCAGACCUGGAGGUAGUGUGUAAGUCCCCGGCUGAGAUCCCCCGGCUGCGCGAGCAGGAGACGCGCCAGGGGAGACACCUCUGUCUGCAGCUGAGCAGCCCCACAGGCACGGGGGCCACAGCCCUGCAGUACAUCCCCCGCACCAACCAGCUGGCCGUGGGUUUCUCCGAUGGAUACCUGCAGCUCUGGAACAUGAAGACGCUCAAGAAGGAGUGAGUUGACGACCCAGGGAUGACACGAAGGGAAAUCCUCAGAUGUAGCUGUGUAGGUUGGUCUGACGGCCUCCUCUGCUGUGUUCUCCCCCAGGUAUCACUCCCAGCUGGAGGGCGGCAGGGUGCCAGUGUACGCCUUCACCUUCCAGGAGCCAGAGAACGACCCUCGCAACUGCUGCUACCUGUGGGCUGUCCAGUCUGCCCAGGACCUGUAAGUUCUCCUCCCCUCCCCACCUGCCGGUCUGCCUGCCUGGGCCACAAAGCUCAAGGCCUCUUGGAAGGGGUUGUAGUGUGCACUGCACACACCAGACCUACACUAUUAUAUUACAUGUGUAUUAAAUUACUCAUACAGUAUUUCAAAAACUUGUGAGGUGUGCUUAUUUUAACUUGCCCGGCACAAUGGAACUGGUUUCAGCUCCAUGCGGGUUCCCAACCCCUUCCCCUCAGCUCCAUACCCCUUUGGUGUUCACAUAUUUGAGAGGACAAGAUCAGCGAAAGCAGUAUGGCGGAAGUUCCAUUUCACAGCUUGUAUGCAAAUGUAGCCUCUGUCCAGGAAAUGCAGCCGUGGUACUCAGCGGUCACAGCACACUGUUGAACUCAGGAUUGUUUUUGCAUUUUUACCAAUGCAGUAUUAACCACCUCUUGGUGUAUUUACUGCCCUUUAAUACACUUCUCUAUCUCUCCCUUCUCUCUUUCUCUCUCUCAAUUAAAUUUGCUUUAUUGGCAUUACGUAACAAUGUACAUAUUGCCAAAGCGUACUUUGGAGAUUUACAAUAUUAACAAAUAAAAUAAUAAUAAUCAAUAUUGUCAACGGGACAACAGUAACAACAAUAAUCAAGGGUCAAAAUAACCAUACAUUGAACAAUAACAAUGGCUCCCGAGUGGCGCAGCGGUCUAAGGCACUGCAUCUCAGUGCUUGAGGCAUCACUACAGACCCCCUGGUUCGAUUCCAGGCUGUAUCACAACCGGCCGUGAUUAUGAGUCCCAUAGGGCGGCGCACAAUUGGCCCAGCGUCGUCCGGGUUUGGCCGGUGUAGGCCGUCAUUGUAAAUAAGAAUUUGUUCUUAACUGACUUGCCUAGUUAAAUAAAGGUCCCUCAUUUUAUGGCAGGCAGCAAUGUAGUGCGCUGCCAACCCACAGCACUAUGCGUCCUCCCCCAACAGGACGGGUAGCCUAUUCUCAUCAGAGAGGUCUUUGAAAUCUUGAAUAAGGGUUUCAAAUUUGGGGAAAUUAAACUCUCUAAUAGUUUUAUUUUUGGCAUUUUGUGUGUCUCUCUAGUGAGGGGGAUGUGGUCAGCCUCCACUUGCUCCAGCUAGCCUUCAGUGAGAGGAAGUGUCUGGCCUCAGGAAAGAUCUUCUAUGAGGUAACCGUAAUAUCAACCACCUUCUAGGUUUCACUUAGCUACCUCCUUAGGCUGAGUUUACACAAGCAGCUCAAUUUUGUUCUUUUGCCCAAUUACGGGCAAAAUAUCAGAAUUGGGCUACCUGUGUAAACUCAGUCUUAUUGUCUUGAUCUAUUCUGUGUAAUUGGUAUAUGGCCCAUCUGUUCUGGUCUCUUUCGAGCCCCCAAUAGAUACAGAAUUGUUCACCUCAAGGAUCUUAUUAUUUAGAAAUAAAAUAAGUAGCUAUUCCCGCGUCCAGCCAUGGAUCGCGCUGGGUCGAACUUCUGUUCAAUGCCCCCUUUGUUUGGGAAAGACUCAGUACGGGCUGUCAACCGAAUGUUUUGGGUCAAGUGUUUCGACCGCUAUCUUGCUUUUAAAGCCCAAAAGCUUGAUGGUUUCAAAGUCUCUCUGGAGCUUUCUCAGUCCUGAAGAUUUCAUUUAGUCAUCUGUUAUUCCCAAUCACAACCAGACUUAUUUCUAACGUGGACAACUUAAAUGUAGCGCUUUCACUGCUUUGAGACCUUUUAACUUUCCAUUAGCGCUGUAUUCAUAUUUCCUCCCUCCUCCUAGGGUCUGGAGUACUGUGAAGAGAGGUACAGUCAGGAGCUGAGCAGCACAGCCUUCCCUCAGCGGGCUCAGGCCACCAACACCCGCCUGCUCAGCUGCCAGACCAUCGAGAAGUUCCGAAACCACCCAGACAGAGACGAAAGCAUGAAUGAAGGUAACCCUGCCUUCAUUUUAUCUCAACUCAUCCCAACUCCUCUGCUUAGGAUUAGAUUGGUGUCUAAGUCACCAGAAAUGCUAAAAAAAUAGCAUUUCUCAAUAACCUACCUGUGUGGUAUUGACUUACUAGAUACCAAAUGGAAGAAAACGGACUGAAACGCAGACCUGAACCUGUCCAUUGCGAAACAAUUUUCUACGGUGUGCACUAAUGAAUCUGACCCUGAGGGAAAAGGGAUGAAUGUGGUUCUUGCUCUUUCAUUGUGGUCUGCUGGUCCUAAGGCUUCCUUCUCUCUCCUUCGUUAGUUGCGUCUCCAGACACCAGCGUGUCCAUCUUCAGCUGGCAGGUGAAGGCCUACGGACAGGGCAACCCCUCCACCUACAUCGGUGUUUUUGACAUCAACCGAUGGUACCACGCACAGAUGCCCGACUCUCUGAGGUAGGAUUCGGACAUCUAAAUAUCCCAUCAACAGUCCACAUGUAAAAGUGACCACGGUUGCCGCCUCAAAUUACAUGGUGUGCUCAACUGCCCAUAAUACCAGGCAUUUAUCUAUCAGAUAGCUUUCUGCAUAUGUUUUUACACAUUUUGUCGAGAUUUUUACAAACAAGUCUACGUUGUUAUUGGGAUGUCGAUGGGAAAUUAUUUGCAAAUCAGCAAUGGUUGAUAUGUGUUUGUGUUUGUGUGUGUGUGUGUGUGUGUGUGUGUGUGUGUGUGUGUGUGUGUGUGUGUGUGUAUCAGAACGGGGGAGUCUCUGCGCAGCUGUCCCUACCUGGCCGUGUGGUCUCUGGACACGGUGGUGGAGAUGACUUCGCCCUGCCCCCUGCUGGACGUCCUGGUGCAUGAGCGCAGCCUGAGCCGUGGCCUGCCCUACACCUGCCCCCCGCCAGAACAGUUCUUCAAACCCACUACAUACAACUUCGGCAAGUUAUAUACACACACACACACACACACACACAAACAUAAAUACACAGACAUACACACUGCAAGAGCCUUUUAGACAAGGGGUAGGCAACUAGAUUCAGGGCCGAAGCUUGUCGGAGCGGAUGAUCGGGGGGCCGGAAUAUCAUUAUAAUAAUGUGUACACUACAAAUUGACCACAACUAAUCCCCAAAAGAGAUUGUAUUUAAAAAUAUAUAUAAUUUCAUACCUUGAUUACAUUUUUAUUUGUGGGAACAGUCUUUUUUGACCAAAAACGAAAAUCCCUCGCUAAUGAACCUGUUGCCGACCCCUGCUUUAGACACAGCACCCCCACAGUAAAACCUUUUAUAAAGGACAUUGCUUAAGUUGAGAAGAGGACUAUGUUCAGAGACAUUUGUUGCACUGAGUAAUUGGAAAUAUAUGUAGCUCUUUGGAGCCAUUGAGGUCAGUUUUGUAAAUGUCUUGAUGACAUGAUGCUAAUUUGUAUUUCUCCUUGAAACAGAUGCAACAUGUUUGCUCAACACUGGCCUCGUGCACCUAACUUGCUCUGGGUAUCAGAAAGAGGUGAGUUAACCCUAGUUGUCAGGUACAAUUCAUGUUAAUCGUGUGUCACAAUAAAUUGGCUAUAAAUCUUAUUGUCGUCAUAGUCCAUACAGUAUAAUUUUAUCUUAGCAAAAGACAGUUAAUGUGAUUCCCAUCUCAGACUCUGAGCUUCCUGAAGAAGGCUGUUCCCUGCUCCAGUGACGUAAUCUCAAACAGCUACUCCCGCUGCCUGAUGUCUGGCCUGCUCUCCUCUCGCCUGGCUGACGUGCAGCCCUCCACCCUCUCUCAGGUACACACACACACAGGUCGCUCCUUUUUGCUCUACCAGCUUUCUAGCGUCUAAACGUUUAGGAACUAUUUAAUUCCGUGUGGAUGCACUACGUGUUCAUGGAUAAAGCUCUGUGGUGAAGGCAUUUUGUAAAUGGGCCAAACACUCUCCCUCUCUCUGCUCAGGAGGAGCAGUUGGACGCCAUCUUGUCCACGGCAGUAGAGACUAGCUCCCUGGGCCUGAUCACUGGCUGUAUCAAACAGUGGACCGCUGAGGGUGAGACACCACAACACUCACACUGACACCCUGUUAGUUAGAUCAACCCUGGCUGCGUCUCAAUACUUAACGGUGGCCUCCUUUCCUCAUCUCCUCUAGUACAUAUACACUGAUCAGAAAAAACAGGACAGGUGAAAACAAUAAUGGUGGAAGCUGGCCCAGAAUUUGCUCGCCAAGCCCAGUUCACUCACAUCCGUGCAGAUGGAGGAGAGGGAGCCAGUUUAGGUUAUUGAGAUGCACCCCUAGAAUGGAUUUCUCUAAAGUAACAUGGUGUUGUUGGCUUUAACAGAGCAACCAGGCUCUGCGGUGAACCUGCGCUACAUUCUGGAGUGGGCCUGGGACAAGGUGGUUCACACCAAGGAAGAGCUGGACGGCAUAUGUGAGUUUUCUUCUACUACAGUGAUUAGUAUGACACUGGCUGUCAACGCCGCUCUUGUUGAACUGGUUUACAUAGAUUAUAUAAUACUCGCGGCUACGUAUUAUCUUGGUAACUGUAGCAACUUGUAGCUCUGUUUUAGACCAUUUUUUAUGAAUUCCAGAAACAUUUAUGGAUUUCCAAUAUUUUCUUGGCGCAAUCAGAUUUGGGAUGUGUUUUCUGACUUCCAUCUUUCCUAACUGUGCGUGUCUCUCCCCAGGUGCUCCCCUGUUUGACAGCUCGUCUAACUUCACGGACCCCCAGACCCUUCAGCUGCUGCAGCACAGCCAGAGACUACUGGGGAACCUCAGCACCAUCUUCCACUGUCUGCUGAGCGAGGCACAGGAACUCACUCAGAGAGGUAAAGCCCGAGGGGCACUGUUGUAGGGGGCCCGUUUGUUUCAAUGGGAAGCUGGGCGGGGGCAUCAAACCUUUUGAGAGGGAGAGACUGGGGCAUACCAUGUCAUGAGGUUUCAGUUUGGCUUCAUAGGGAUUUUCUGUAUACAGGUUUGCUGGGACUCAUCAAUAAGAACCUGGUGUCCAGCCUCAUCUCCCAGUACGCCCAGGUGGUCCUCUGGUUCUGUCGGACCGGACUCCUGCCCGAGGGCUCCGGUAAGACCGUGUGCUGUAGCAAUUCAAACAUCUGUCGUGUUGAGGUCAGACCAUAUUCCAGGGAACCUUUUGGAGACUGUAGUCUUCAGACCACUUUCAUUAUGUACACCAAAAGUAGUGCCCUUCAUAGGAAAUAGGGCACCAUUUCGGACGCAGCCCUAGAGAUGUCCACUGGGAACAGACGUGUAAUUGCCCUCCCCUGUCCUCCAACCAGAUGAGGACGCUGUGCAGAUCUCCAGGCCGUUCUACAGCUACUCUGUUAUCCAGAACUACUACGGCAUCCGCAGAGAGGAGCUGCAGCAGCUCUCCAAGUGAGUGCUGUUCACAUCAGGCCGUUUACCUGCAAGAGCUGGUUCAGGACUGACAGGAAAACACCUCGACACAAGACUGGAAAAGUUUAACUUAAAAGUUAUUUUGUUAUAUUAUAUACAGUAUAUUUGAUAUGAAGAUAAUUUUGUCUGUGAUAUUAGUGUCAAUGUUCUUGGUGUUCUUAGGGUUAUGCACCAUAAAGGAGCACUACUGCAAAUUGGACUGUUUUGGAAAAUAAUAUUCAGAAUUAACCAUCUGCGUCUUCUUCUCAGGGGGAAGUGGUGUGCAGAUUGCCUGAUGAUUGACGGCUUGGUCGCCCAAUGCGGGGAUCAUUUGGUUGACCUGUGGAAACGGGACGAGGGUGGGACGGGAAAGUAUCCGCCCCCUACGCUACACGUAAGCAUUUGGUACCUUUGCAUACGCACUCACUCGCACACAGCCAAAUAAUGAUCACAGUCCCACCUUGAGCCGACGCUUCGACUGAUGUCAUGGAAUUACAUUCAGAUGUAGAAACAAACAUAGGUUUUGUUGAUGUUUAUCUGCUCUCUGCCGUCCACAGGGCCUGCUGGAUAUUUACCUCCUGGAAAACAUUGAUGAAUCUGCUAAGCACGCCAUCGUAUCCUUUUCUACUCGGUUUCCCACCGUCCAUCUUACUUUGCCACAUAUUCAUAUCAGGGAGUUGGUUUGAUUUGAUUUGCCGAGUCCCCUCCUUACACUCCUAACCCACACUCUAGCACCUGGACUCACCUGGGUUCACCACACAUGCACACCACAGUAUAGUGAGACCGCACCCCCCAUUCUGUGUGUGAGCCUUAACCCCACCCCCAGGUGAUCUACCUGCUGUUGGAUGUCAUGUACUCCUUCCCCAACAAGAGCGGGGCGUCUGUGGAGUCCUUCCCCACCGCCUUCGCCAUCCCCAUCGGCCUGGUCAAGCUGGUGCAGGGCCUCUGGCUGCUGGACCACCACGACCACCAGGUACACACACACACACGCAACAAUUGAUGAGCAUUGUCAUACACUCCCAUGUGGAAUUUGUAAUGUACACAGAGUAUAUCAAACAUUAGGAACACCUUCCUAAUAUUGAGUUGAACCCUCCCCUUCCCCGUUUGCCCUCAAAACAGCCUCAAUUCGUCGGAGCAAGAUGUCGAAAGCGUUCCACAGGGAGGCUGGUUUAUGUUGACUCCAAUGCUUCCCACAGUUGUCAAGUUGGCUGGAUGUCCUUUGGGUGUCGGACCAUUCUUGAUACACACGGGAAACUGUUGGGCGGGAAAAACCCAGCAGCGUUGCAGUUCUUAAAACAAACCGGUGUGCCUGGCACCUGCUACCAUACCCCGUUCAAAGGCACUUAAAUAUUUUGUCUUGCCUAUUCAUCCUCUGAAUGGCACACAUACACAAUCAAUGUCUCAAUUGUCUCAAGGCUUAAAAAUCCUUCUUUAACCUGUCUCCUCCCCUUCAUCUGCACUGAUCUGAAGUGGAUUUAAUAAGUGAGAUAAAUAAGGGAUCAUAGCUUUAACCUGGUCAGCAUGUCAAUGAGAAAGCAGGUGUUCUUAAUGUUUUGUGCACUUAGUGUAUACUGUUAUAUUUUAUAGAAUGAUUCAUUGGUAGAUAUUGGUAGUGCUAAAACGGUGUCCUCCAAUUGACCUCUUCCCUUUGACCCUUCCAGAACUCCCUGGAGCUGCUGCUGCACCCGGCCACCUCCCCGUCCCUGUGGGGCUGGCAGCACAGCCGCGUCCUGCAGGCUCUAAUGUGCCAGGGGCAACACGGAAUCGCCCUGCGCUACCUCCACGUCAUGAAGCCCCCUCUCUCCUCCACCGCUCAGGCCCAACUCUGCCUCUCCGUGUUGCUACACAACAGGUGGGUGUGUGCGUGUGUUUCCUGGCAUCCUUGCUAACAGUGACUGCAUUGUGAGUUUGGAUAACAUAAACGUGUGUCUGUGUGUAAUCUCUCUCCUCCCCUUCAUGUGUGUAGGUGUCUGGUGGAGGCAUGGGCCAUGCUGAGGCAGCACUCCAACCGGCUGAACGCGGAGGAGUUGUUACGGUUCCUCUACGAGACCUGUCAGGAGCUGGGUCUCAUGAAGGAGCUGCUCAAACUGCCCCUGGGCCUCGCUGAGCAGGUACGAUGCCAUGUUCCCCCAGGUUUCCUUUCUGACAGGGAGACUGAAACCAGUUGAAGCCAAAUUCUUUCAGGCAGGCAGCAAACAAAUGAGGACCUGGGCAUUUAGAAAUUAUACAGAACAAACAUAUAAACGCAACAAUUUCAAAUAUUUUACUGUUACAGUUCAUAUAAGGUAAUCAGUCAAUUGAAAUAAAUAAAUUAGGCCCUAAUCUGGAUUUCACAUGACUGGGAAUACAGAUGGGAAUAUGUUGGUCACAGAUACCUUUUAAAAAAAAUAAAGUAGGGGCGUGGAUCAGAAAACCAGUUAGUAUCUGGUGUGUCCACCAUUUGCCGCAUGCAGCAUAGAGUUGAUCAGGCUGUUGAUUGUGGCCUGUGGAAUGUUGUUCCACUCCUUUUCAAUGGUUGUACGAAGUUGCUGGAUAUUUUGUAAGUCGCUCUGGAUAAGAGCUUCUGCUAAAUGAUGUAAAUGUAAAUAUUGGCGGGAACUGGAACACGUUGUCAUACACGUCGAUCCAGAGCAUCCCAAACAUGAUCAAUGGGUGACAUGUCUGGUGAGUAUGCAGGCCAUGGAAGAAGUGGGACAUUUUCAGCUUCCAGGAAUUGUGUACAGAUCCUUGCGACAUGGGGCUGUGUAUUAUCAUGCUGAAACAUGAGGUGAUGACGGCGGAUGAAUGGCACGACAAUGGGCCUCAGGAUCUCCUCACGGUAUCUUUGUGCAUUCAUCGAUUUAAAAUGCAAUUAUGUUCAUUUUCCGUAGCUUAUGUCUGCCCAUACCAUAACCCCACCUCCACCAUGGGGCACUCUGUUCACAACGUUGACAUCAGCAAACCGCUCGCCCACACGACGCCAUACAUGUGGUCUGCUGUUGUGAGGCCGGUUGGGCGUAAUGCCAAAUUCUCUAAAACGUUGGAUGCGGCUUAUGGUAGAGAAGUGAACAUUCAGUUCUCUGGCAACAGCUCUGGUGGACAUUCCUUCAGUCAGCAUGCCAAUUGCACGCUCCCUAAAAACUUGAGACAUCUUUGGCAUUGUGAUGUGUGACAAAACUGCACAUUUUAGUGGCCUUUUUUUGUCCCCAGCACAAGGUGCACCUGUGUAAUGAGCAUGCUGUUUAAUCAGCUUCUUGAUAUGCCACACCUGUCAGGUGGAUGGUUUAUCUUGGCAAAGAAGAAAUGCUCACUAACAGGGAUGUGAACGAAAUUUGAGAGAAAUAAGCUUUUUGUAGCAUAUGGAACAUUUCUGGGAUCUUUUAUUUCAGCUCAUGAAACAUGGAUCCAACACUUUACAUUUAUAUUUUUGUUCAUUAUAUAUUUCCUAAAUAUAUUAUACCAUUUAGCGAACGCUUGUAUCCAAAGUGACUUAUAGCAGUGAGUGCACACAUUUUGGUAUUGGUGGCCUCAGCGUGAAUCAAACCCAGAACCCUGGCGUUGCUAGCUGCAUGCUCAUCAUUACAAAAGACAGUCAUUGUGUUUAGACGUUGUGCCUGUCCCGUCCUUGAAGAUGUUGUGUGUGUGUGUGUGUGUGUGUGUGUGUGUGUGUGUGUGUGUAGGAGAGCUUGGAGAAGUUCCUACAGGGUACCGGGGGUCUCCACAACAGAGAGCUUCUGAUGGUGCAUUACCUGCAGCAGGCUAACUACGUCCCCGCCCUGCAGCUCAACCACACCCUCAAGAUGAACAUGGUGGUACGUACACAUUUACAUUCAAUAACCUUCAAAUAAAGCUCUUCUUAUUAAUUAAUGCACUUCAUCAUGCUCAUAGCAAAUAUACAACGAGAAAUGCAGUAAAAAGUUGGAAUGAGAACAAUACAAGUGUUAGAAGUAAGUAAAAAGUAACACAAACAGGUUACGGUUGUAUUGAGACGAUGGUUGCAUUAUAGUGUGGUGAUGCUGUAUAUUUCCAUACAUUUUUCCAUUCCGUUCAUGUAUCGGUUCUCCAGAAUGAGAGGGAUCCCAAGCUAAAGGAGAGAACACACACAAGGAACUCUAUCCUGGACCAGUACGGGAAAGUUCUCCCUCGGGUCCAGAGGAAGCUGGCCACUGAGAGAGCUAAGCCGUACCACCACCCCUCCACCAUCCUCAGAGAGGGUACGGGAUCUCACACCUCCUAGCUUCUCGUUGACAUCAACGUAUAAUGAAUUUGGUCAACAGACUAGAAUACACUUGAAUUGGAUGUUGAUGAUACUUUUGUUUGGAUUCAACCAAGUGAAUUGGAUUGGAACAAGUGUGUUUGUGUCAAAGCAUUCCAGUGUUUGUGUCAAAGCAUUCCAGUGGUCAACAGACUAGAAUACACUUGAAUUGGAUGUUGAUGAUACUUUUGUUUGGAUUCAACCAAGUGAAUUGGAUUGGAACAAGUGUGUUUGUGUCAAAGCAUUCCAGUGUUUGUGUCAAAGCAUUCCAGUGGUCAACAGACUAGAAUACACUUGAAUUGGAUGUUGAUGAUACUUUUGUUUGGAUUCAACCAAGUGAAUUGGAUUGGAACAAGUGUGUUUGUGUCAAAGCAUUCCAUUCUGUGGAACAAACUAUGACCUUCAGCCGCUGUUUUGGAUGCAUUGACUCCUUUUGUAUACAGCCGAUGUGUUGCAUGUUUUUAACGUGACCCUUGACUUCCUUAAUGAUGUGGGUUCUUCCUACAGUGUCACGACCGCAGCCGCUGUCGACGAUCGCCAAGCGGUCGGCCAAUGAGAACGUGCUGACCAGAGCAGCGUUCAUCAACAACGUCCUGUUGAAGAUCGAGGAGGUGUGGGUGGGAGAGAACCCCGCGCCCCAGUCCUCCCCACUCAAGAGGUGAGACCGCUCAGCCCUGUCCCAAACCCACCCCUAUCCUUUAGUUUGGCUCUGACUAAGAUGUGAAUGGUAAGUGGUAGAGAUGGGUUUUCCACCACUGGGUUUUUGUAUCUCUGUUCAGUUUGGUUGAAUGGUUGUCCUCUCUCCAUGCCACCCAGUCCCAGUGCAGCAGAGGUGCUGUGCCCCAGCCCCCGGUUCCCCUCCCGGGGUCUGCCCGAGGCCUUCGUGGGCACACCCAUCACCAUGACCUCCAAGAGGAAGUCCAGGUAUGACACGCGGGGCCAAACUCCAACUUGAAAUUCAUUAUACGUUGAUGUCAAUGGGAGAUUUUGGUGGAAGUUCUAGUUAUGUACACGUUUCUCAAGUGUGUACUUGUAUGUAAGAUACUCUAUUGUAUUAAGGGGUGUGACGGGAUGAUUCGAUACAAUCUGACAUGCUUUCCAAACCUUCCCUCCUGUUCCUGCCCCCAGGCUGCUGGACAUGGUGGUGCACCCCUCCUCUCAGACCACCCCCCCAGAGGGCUCACGACCACUGCUGACGCCCCACAGGGUGGCCACCUCCUGGAACACCCCCAAAAGCAUCAACAAGGCCCCCGAGCUUAGUCUGCUGAAGACCCCACAGGUGAUCAAGGUGAGACACCGACCAAGGGGAAGGGCAUCGACUGUCACCACUGUCACACAGGCUCUCACAUCCAAGGCGCUGUUGACGCUCACUGGCACGGUGGUGACCAGACAUCCCCUAGUUUUAUAGGAUUUCCAAGCUUGGUUGGAAAUUAACUCCAACUAGAAGUCACAUGGUCUAGGAUACCACUGUGACUGAGACAUGAGCCUGCCUGCUGCAGUCGGAUACCAUUGUAACGUUUCCUCCAUUUGAAAUAAUUUGUUUGUGUUUGAACCCCACUGACUGUCUGCAUGGUUGUGUUCUCUUCCCGUAGCGAGCGCUGGCGGCGUCUGGCCCUGUGUUCUCGGCCUUCACCCCCCAAUCUAUUCUGAGGAGCAGCUUGCGCCCCACCCCCGUGGCCACCCCCACUGCCUCCCUUGGGCGCUCUGUCACCCCCCCACCGCGCCCCAAGGAGAGCCGCAUCACCUUCAUCGAGGAGAUGGCCAUGUCAGAGAGGGGCCCCCUCCGCUGGAGCAAUGGGGUAAGACACCUGGACCGCUGGGCCUCAUUUAGCAACAUACCAGUAGAAUUUUGAGAUUACUUAUUGUAAACAAACAUGUACCGUUCAGAUACUUAUCCCUUGUGUGUUAAUGAUUUUUGUUAUUUUGUACAGAUCUCAACAGAGAAUGAAAUUAGUCUGCUGACCAGAGGCUCCCCACUGCCCAAGGCUGGACUGGCGGCCUGCACCUCACACCCUGCUGCUGCUGAUGAUGAUGAUGAUGAUGAUGAGGAAGAGUUGGAGGAGGAUGAGGAGGAGGAGGUGAAAGUGACACAUGUGAAGUUCCUCCCACCACCGGUCCGCGAGCCCUCACCAGAGAAUGGAGAGUCUGAGAGUGGCUCCUCUGUCCAAGAGGUCGUUGUAUUAACCACGUUGCCGGGCGUGUUGCCAGGACGACUCAGCCUGGGUCUGGAAACUAGCCAGGCCUCUGUCCUAUCAACAGACACCACCCUUGAGUUCCAUGAUGCACCUCUCCCUGAAGACCUGGAGAACGAAGAGGAGCUUAAACAGCUAGCCAAUGAGGUCAUAGAUGAGGAGGAAGUGGUGGUUAACCUCAAAACUCCAGCAGAACCAGAAGUCCAGCCCCCACAGGAGGAAAUGCAGCCUACAGCAGCCAAUGAGCCAACUCUCUUCCUGUCUGUGGAGGAAGGGCAGGAAGAGGACCAGGAAGUAAAGGAAGAGGCAGUCAACAACCAAGAGGAAGUGGCUGUAGAUCAGGAGCCAGACCAGGAAGUAGAGGAGAUGGAGGUCAGCCCCAAACAAGAAAAGCCUGAGGCUAAACAGGAUGAGGAAAUUGUAGCGGAACCAAGGCUCACACAGGAAGUAGAACUGACUCCUGACACGGAAGUGGUUGAGGAACUUAACCUUGGCCAGAAUGAGAAGCCCAACCCUGAGCCUGAGGUGGAGACUGCAGAGCUGCCAGAGGUGGUGGUGGUGGUGGAGGAGGAGACUCCUAAAGAGGAUGAAUCACAACCCACUGCACCAAUUGAACCUUUGGAACCUGUGGAAGCCAUGGAAUCAGUGGAAGCCACAGAAUCCGUAGAAGCAAUGGAACAUACAGGUGAGGGUUCCACCCCCUUUAGGAAGAUCUUACAGCCACUCCAGUGGCCAAAUUAAAAACAUUGCAUUCAUGUCCUGCUUAGUUUCAGCUCUGUGAAUAUAUAGUGUGUCAAAUUCUUCUCCCAGGAGUAGUCUGAGGCAAAGGGAACACCCAAAUUGAGCGUGCAUUCAGCACAAGGUUGAGGUUGUCAAUUGGAGGGAUGGGUUAAAAUGACCCAAGACGAUCAAAAACGUUAAUGGUUUCUUGCACAGUUUAGAGCUUCCACACUGUACAAGCCAUUUGAAGUGAUUUUUACUUUGAUCAUGUGUAGAGGGCCUGUGAGUGGAGCUCAUUGCAGGGAAAUCUGAUAUAACCACAGUGGGAAAAGCUGACAAAGCUAUACCUGACAACAUCGGAUAUGAAGCUUAGAUGAGUUAUUCACAGGGAAGACUGAUCCUGAUGCAGUUGAUUUUAAACAUAUGCAUAAUGAUGAUGACCUUGUUGACCCACCCCCACGCUCCCUCCCUCCCUCCUUGUAGAUCUGGACGAGUUUGUGGAGUGCCAUCUGUUUGGCAACGACCUGUCUCCGCCCCUGACCCACUCGGGCAUCCACGAGACUUCUGACAACUGGACUUCCUUCAACAGGUAAAAACACAUCCCAACAACAACAUUGGGUGUGUAUGGUCUUACAACCAUUCAUUGAUAUUAAACCACUCUCCCCUGUGCAGUGAGCCGGAGUGUGACGUGGCAGAGGAGGACGAGCCUGCCACUAUAGCCGGCCCCCCGGCCCUCACCACCCAGAAGUCUGUUGGGUCCGUAGCCUCGUCAGACCCCACCAGCACUGACUCCGACUGUGAGUGACCUCUCACCUCUUGCUCAUGACCUUUACCCCUUGACCCUAGGUCAGGCGAUCAGAGAUCUAACACAGGCCAACUGAACAAGCUACAACCACAAAGGAUUAUGUGUUCUGAUUGGCGGCAGUGGAGUUGGCGCCUCUCGGGCCAAUAACGACCAAUAAUGGUGUGGAAUGUUCAGAAUAGCUUGUUACUUUCUGUUGUCCUGUAUCAGUGACUCUGUGAUGGAUCUCUUCCCUCCUCCCUGUAGCUGUGGUGAGCCUGAAUGACAGUGAGGAACUCUCUAGUGCUGUGUCGGAGGAUGAAGAAGAGGAGGAGUCAGACGCCCCUGCUGAGGACUCGGGCAGUGAGGUGGAGAUCAUCGAGGAGGUGCAGGGGAACGGGAGGCAGCGAGCCCCCCUGCCGCCCCCCUCGCUCUUCCUGGACCAGCUCCCGCCCCAACAGCCACAGCCCCAGUUCCUGCCUGACCUAUCGGAGCAGGACGCAGCCGUGCUCUCAUUGGUCACCCCAGAGGCAGACCUAAAGGUAAAGCAGUGACUGUCAUAUGAUAUUCUAACUCAUGCAUAUAAGCAGUGUGUAGACCUAAAUACUGUGGGUGACUGUUGUACAACUUUUAACAUCUCAUUUUGUGAUUGUUAAUCUAGAUUGUGCUCUAUCAAAGUCCUCAUGUGUCUCUCGGUGUGUUUCCCCUACAGAUGUUGGAGGAUGACAUGGACGGGGAGGUGGUGAUGAUCAGGCUGGGGGCAGGAGGAGACGAGGGAGUGGGGGUCUGCUACACAGAGCUGAAGCCCUCCACCACCCUGCUGGUUCCUCUGGAGCUUUUGGAGGAACAGGGGCAGGCCCUAGCAGACGGAGUCCGCCUGGGGCUAACCGAGGUGGGAGAAGGCAGUGAGCCGGACGUACCCCCCUCUGAAGCCCACAGCAGCUUCGCUCUUUUGCUGGAGGCUGAGGAUGGGGAUGCAGACACUGUACCAUUGGAGGUACCACUAGAACCCACUGAGCAUCUGACCGCAGAGGGAGCAUCUGACAAGCCUGCUGCCGACCCGGAGGUCAUCUGCCUGGGCACAGACGACCAGGACACCCCCCUGGCUGAGGCUGAUCCCCAGGAGGACCAGGGGGCUGAGAUGGACAACAUGGAGGCGAUCAUGAAUAGCUGGAAGGAGGCAGAGACUGGUGGAACUGAGGCCAUGUCGGAGGAGAAUGUUCCUCUAGUCACAGACGUCCUGCCUGAAUCCUCAGAGGCGGUGGCUGAAGACGAACUGACCGGGACUGAACCAACCAGAUCAGCUGGAGAUGUUGACACAGACCAUGUAGAAAAGCCAGAGCCAGAUGAGAUCCCUGCUGACUCUGAACCAGCUGAAGCAGAAGAGCCUUCACCAGUCCUGGAUGAGAACGAGCAGCCCAGCGGAGCGAGGGAGGGAACAGAAGAGGAGGAGAUGAAGGCCGACGUCGUUGAGCUGGAUGCUGAGGCAGAGAUGGAGGAGCCCGUCUCUGUCCCUGCAGACCAGCCUCUGCCUCAGGUAGAAAGCAACGGACCCAUUCAGUCAGAAAACCAUGAACCUGCCCAGGGAGAAGCCAUAAGCGAGGUGGAAGCCAUAUUUGAAGAAGAAACCACUCAAACCGCAAAGCCCUCUACUGCAAGUGGGGAGGAGAGGGAGCCUGUCAAGCCUCGCAACAUCCAGCCUGAGUCUGUGUCUGAAACAUCGGAGGUCAGGAAAGCCCCGUCCACCCCGACGGGCAGGGCCACCAUGCAGAGGAAGACGGUGAAGUUCAACUCAGUGGAGCCAGAGAGGCCUGGGUCAGAGGAUGACGAGAGGCUGGCGGGGCCGACUGAGAGGCUGGCGGGGCCGACUGUCCCGGCCACACCCAGGCGGAUCACCAGGAGUGGCCGGCACGGCCAGGACUCCAGAGUUCCCGUCACCCCUCGACGGAGCGCCCGGAAAGCCGAACCAGAACCCCAGCCUCGGAGAGAGGAGGAGAGGAAAGGAGAGGAACAGGUCUCGGUCCUCAUCACAGACGCCGCUGUGGUCAAAUCCAAGCCCACCCCGGCCAAACGCCGCACCCCACAGAAGGCCACUCCGAGGAUGGGAACCCGGCGGACCAGGAACACCCAGGUGGGGAGCGAAGAGGAACCAACAGCCAUGGAUGAAACCGCCAGCGAGGGGUCAGCGCUAUCUGUUACACGCAGCGUUAGGAAGACCCGAACUGGAACCAAGACCCCAGCCACCCAGACUCAGCCAGCGGUCCCUGAGGAGCAAGAGAACAAAAAGCAGCCCAGCAGUCCAGGCAGGGUGACCCGCAAGUCGACCCGCAGGGGCGUGACCCUCGCCCUCUUCACCCAGGAAGAGGAAGUGUUCACCGUGACCCCUCCCCGCAGCCGUAGGAAGACGAGGGUUGAAGGCACCGCUGAGAAGACGAAAGACGCCCCUGUGUCGUUCUGUCGACCAACCAGGAGCAGUCUGUGGAACCACCAGGAGGAGGACCUGCUUCUGUUGGAGACGCCGCUGGAGGUGGACUCCGGAACGCCCGUGGCCGAUGCCCUCAUCCAGAGACUCCGCGACGAGGAGGCCAAACGGGAAGUGGGCGAGACCUUGGUCAUCACAGAGAUGGUGCGAGCCAAUAGAGGCACCAAGUCGCUGGGUCAGCGGGGGCCCCCUCCACCCCCGAUGGGAGAGAUGAUGGUGCCCGAGGCUGACCAGGGAAGCCCUGUCAGGGACUCGUUCAUCUACUCACCACCUCGAAGGAGAACUAGAGGUAAGGAGCUCCACGUUUUCACCACAAUCAAUCAAACGAAUGUAUUUUAUAAAGCCCUUUUUACAUCAGCAGUUGUCACAGAGCGCUUUACAGUUACCGGGCCUAGACCACAACGUCAAACUUUGUAGAGGAAUAUUUAUGUUUUGGCUGUCUCUUACGUUUUGCAUGACCUUUUGUUUGUGACAGGUAGGAGAGCAGCGUCGCCCGGUCAGAAUGACGUGUCUGCGCCACCCGUUACUCGUACCAGGCGACCGGACGCCAGCGCAGCACACCCUGCUAACGAGGUCAGUUGAUAACAUCCUUUAGACUGAGACUAAUGUUAGACAAGACACAGGACUGGCCGCGUUUCAUUUUCCUCCAUAGCCUCCAUGGUGAUGAUGAUGGCUCCAGCUAUCCCUCCAAUACAAUUAGUGGUGCCUUUGCCAUAUUGUGCUCAACUAUCCCGCUCUCUCAGAUUUGUGAACACGGAAGGCGCUAGGGGUUGAAAUGGAACUGGGACAUGGUCAUUAGGUACACGUCAGGUUGCUGUUGCAAGUCAUAUUCAAGCUUGGUCUGCUGUGUAUCUUCCUGUUGCUCAGGACAAGAACUCAUCAGGAGACGAUGUGGAGAUUGAGACGGCUGCUGCUAAAACCAGAACAACCAAGAGACGCACAACCAAGUAAGUCCUCUUGACAUACAGCCCUCUGUUUUCUCUCUAUUCAAAGCAGUUUUGUGUAUUUCUUCCCCUGUCUGUCCUCAGAAUAACACACCAUCUGCAAUGUGAAUGCUCCCACCCCACUCCCUCGGCUGUGUUUGUUCCAAAAGUCACAACGAGAUGACCUUUUCUCUCUUAUUUUUCCUAACUUACCCUCAGGCCCAAAGCAGCCCCCGCGCCCCCUCCCCCAGCCAAGGUGGAUCUGAUCUCUCCCAUGCCCAGCCCGGCCGAGCGAGCCACGAGGAGGAGGAGGGUGGUGGAGGAGAACGACGCCCCCCGGAUGAACCUCCGCAAACGAGUGCUGGAGGCCGUCUUCCCCAAACCCGUCACCCGCAGGAAGAAGCUAUGA